GCGCCCAGCUGCUCCAGGACAGUGACCGGCUCGCUCGUGUGCCUCUCCCCGGAAUCAUGCAGUUCAGACCGGACGAGUUUAGGAAAGUCGUCGGGAAUGGCCUCGGGCGGCUUCACAGGCUCCUGGUCUCUCUGUCCCUGAUCCAGGGUAUUGGAGCGCAGGCAGGACAAUGUGGAGACCCUGGAGCUCUCGGAGGAGGGGCGUCCAGUGGAGACGAAGGCUCGGGAGCUCCCUGUGGUGGACUGCACGUGCUGCGGGCUCCCUCGCCGUUACAUCAUCGCCAUCCUGUGCGGGAUAGGAUUCUGCAUCUCCUUCGGGAUCCGCUGCAACCUGGGCGUGGCCAUCGUGAGCAUGGUGAACAACAACACUGUGUAUGAGGGGGACAAGGUUCGAGUGGAGAAAGCUCAGUUCUCGUGGGACCCCGAGACUGUGGGAAUGAUCCACGGCUCGUUUUUUUGGGGGUACAUUGUCACCCAGAUCCCGGGGGGGUUCAUCUCGCAGAAAUUCGCAGCCAACCGGGCGUUUGGUUUUGCUAUUGUUGCCACCUCUAUUCUCAAUAUGCUCAUCCCCUCUGCAGCCAGAGUCCAUUACGGCUGUGUGAUCUGUGUGCGGAUACUGCAGGGACUAGUGGAGGGUGUGACCUACCCAGCAUGCCACGGGAUCUGGAGCAAGUGGGCUCCGCCCCUCGAGAGGAGCCGAUUGGCCACCACAGCGUUCUGUGGCUCCUAUGCCGGGGCUGUCAUUGCCAUGCCUCUGGCAGGGAUACUGGUGCAGUACUCCGGGUGGUCGUCAGUGUUCUACGUGUACGGCAGUUUCGGCAUCUGUUGGUUUUGUUUUUGGAUCCUGGUCUCCUAUGAGAGUCCGGCCGCUCACCCGACCAUCUCGGAGGAGGAAAGGCGCUAUAUAGAGGAGAGCAUCGGAGAGAGCUGCAAGCUGAUGAACCCACUGCAGAAGUUUAAGACUCCCUGGAAGAAGUUCUUCACCUCCAUGCCAGUCUACGCCAUCAUCGUAGCGAAUUUCUGUCGCAGCUGGACGUUCUACCUGCUCCUGAUCAGCCAGCCAGCGUACUUCGAGGAAGUGUUCGGGUUCGAGAUCAGCAAGGUGGGGAUGGUCUCCGCGCUCCCUCACCUCGUCAUGACGAUCGUGGUUCCGAUCGGAGGUCAGAUCGCCGAUUUCUUGAGGACGAAGCACAUCAUGUCCACCACCAACGUGAGGAAGAUGAUGAACUGCGGAGGGUUUGGGAUGGAGGCCACUCUUCUGCUCGUGGUCGGGUUCAGUCACACGAAGGGCGUGGCGAUCUCCUUCCUGGUUCUUGCCGUCGGAUUCAGCGGUUUCGCAAUCUCAGGUUUCAAUGUGAAUCACUUGGAUAUCGCUCCGCGCUACGCCAGCAUCCUCAUGGGAAUCUCCAAUGGAGUCGGGACUCUGUCAGGGAUGGUGUGUCCUUUAAUAGUGGGAGCGAUGACCAAGCACAAGACCCGGGAGGAGUGGCAGUAUGUGUUUCUCAUCGCCGCUCUCGUUCACUACGGAGGGGUGAUAUUCUAUGGGAUCUUUGCUUCGGGGGAGAAGCAGGACUGGGCAGAACCCGAAGAGACCAGUGAUGAGAAGUGCGGCUUCAUCCACGAAGACGAGCUCGCCGAGGAGACAGAGGACCUGCACCUCUCCUCGCUGGCCACCGGAGGGGGCUACGGGGCCACCAGCACCAACCCGGCCCUUGCCAACAAUGGGGGCUGGGCCGCGGACUGGGAGAAGAAGGAGGAGUUCAUCCAGGAGCCGGGAAAGGACCGCUAUCUGUACGGAGGAGCCGAGGAGAGAGACUUGCAAUGAGGGGCCGUCUAAACAUCCCACUGCUGACACCAACACACUGUCUCUCUGUUCACUAUCAAAUCAGCUGAACCCCUCCCUCCACCACUGAGCAUCUAUCCACAGGGACCGGAAUGAGACUCCCGCUGCACAGCAGUGUGAUCCAGUCCUGGUUUCACUGGGAGUUUAAUAAUCAGACACACCUGAGCUUGUUAGCUAGACACACUGGGGGCUGAUCAAGCUGGUAGUAAAACCUGGACUGGAUCACACUGCUGUGCAAUAGGAGUCUGAUUCCCAUCGCUGUGGUUCUCUGUAUUGACACUAAGAUCUCUGGGGUAAUAUAAUACUGUAGGGGAGGGGGAGGAGGGGGUGGGGGGUAAUUAGGGUAAUUAAAUAAAUAAGUUCUAAAAUCCAUUCUCUCACCUCUUAUUAGCUUUAGUAACAGGAUCACUGGCCCCUCCCUUUAAAGGAGCGCUGACCAUCUUUAAAAUCCAUUCUCUCACCUCUUAUUAGUUCCUGAUCAUUUCAAUAAUAAUAAUAAUAAUAAUAAUAAUAAUAAUAAUAAUAAUAAUAAUAAUAAUAAUAAUAAUAAUACUAGACUUCAUUGAGGGGAGCUCUGAACCCCAGGACUGGGUGCAGCAGCAGCAGCAGCAGGGCUAGUGUGAGUUUCUAGUCUCUGAGUGAGUAUCGUAUCUACAUGUUGAUUAUUAGUCUGUGUUUAGUUUAGGUGACUCUAUGAGUUGUUCAGUUUCAGUGGGUUCUGAAGCACAAAGACUUUCUCUCUGAGAAUCACUCAGUAUGUGUGUGCGUGUGUGUGUGUGUGUGUGUGUGACACAGUGGCAAUGCAUUCUGUAUAUAUGAAGAGAUUCUAUAUGAGAAAAAUAUAACCUGUCUAUCUAUCUAUCUAUCUAUCUAUCUAUCUAUCUAUCUAUCUAUCUAUCUAUCUAUCUAUCAUCUGUCUUUCUAUCUCUCUCUCCUCACUGUAGCACAAUUAGAAAUGAAGGCACAUAAAGUAUUAUAAAAUCUGUUGCAACGUGUGUGUGUGUGUGUGUCAGUGUGUGUGUGUCAGUGUGUGUGUGCGCGUCCGUGUGUGUAUGUGUGUGUGUUUCCCUCUUUCCCUGUCUCUGAUGGUAAAGCCUGUGAUAAUGUUUCUCAUGAUAAUAACAGCGUGUCUCUUCAGUGUUAGUAAAGUAAAUCUCUCUGAAUCAAAGUGUGAAACAGGACCGCUUUGAUUCCUGUUGUAUUUAACUGUGAUGAAUGAAGAAUAUUGUAUUGAAUACCUGUUUAAUAUCCUGUCCGGGGGGGAUGGGGUGGGGGGGGGGGGUUGUGGAAUCCCCUUUAAGAAGUAUUUUUGUUAAAACAUCGUAUACAUUUGUUAAAGCAUCGUGUUUCCAAACAAGGAAGCCCGUCCUUCCCUCACCUUUACGACAGCGGUUCCCUCACUGUAAAGGUGGGGGGAGGACGGGGUCUCUUCCGUUUCUUUUGCCAUGGACACGUUGACGGGAGGGUUGAGCGCGCCCCCGCUGGAGAAUGCUUCUUGCAGGCGGUCCCGGGUUCCGAUUUCAGCCCGUCGUCUCUCGCCUCUUCAGCUCAAACCAGCCCCAGUCACUCCCUCUCGAAACGCCCUGGAAAGGAUUUGCAAGCCAGCUCUGUGUCUGUGUGGAACCCGGCAGAAUCGCCAGGAGCCCUCUCAGCCAGGGAGGAGCUGCAAAUGCACAUCGCAUUCAUCUGAUUGUAUUUUUUCUGGGGGGGCAGGUUUGGAAUGUCAUCGAGGACAGAGAGUCGAAAUCUCACACGUUUUUAAUGAGAUCCUAGCGGGGAGAUAUGCGAUCUGAAUGUCACCAGAAGACUCUGCUGAGCGAGGAGGAGGAGCCACACAGGCUUUAGGGACAUAUCAUGUGUGAUUUCAACUGAGGAGAAUUGAAAUAUUAUAAAGUAUUAUGGGCUGGACAGUGUCUGAGGAGAGGAGCGUAUUUAUGUGUAAUGUAAUGUAUUUAAUGGACGUGUGGAUUAAAGACUGAAAUCGAUGUUAUUUUAUUGAUGAGAAAUGAUGCAAUAGAAUCGGAUAUGAAAUAUCACUUUAUGUUUGUGUGUGUUAAAAAUAUACCCUUAUUAAAACGUUUUUUUAAUAAAAAACAGAAA